AUGGGCUUCGAAGACAAGCGUGUGGCCAUCGUCGGUGGUGGCCUCGGAGGCAUGGCCUUCCUCAAUGCUGCCUUAUAUACCGGCCUGAAGAAUGUUCAACUAUACGAACAAGCAAGUCAAUUCGGUGAAGUCGGUGCUGGAGUGAGCAUUACCUCCAAUGCCAACCGCGUUCUGGACACCUUUGGUCUGAAGGAGAGCAUGACCCGCAAAUCAUCCGGUCAGCUCCCAUGCUACAUGGAAUACCACAACUACAAGACAGGCGAGUAUGUGGGCCACAUUGGGGAAUUCUCCAAGCCCCCCGCUCGUCUCCUGCACCGCGCCCACCUUCUCGACUCGCUGAAGGAGCGUGUUCCCCCAUCAAGCCUGAAUCUGGGAAAGCACCUCAAGUCCGUGGACCGCAACACUGCCAGCGCUUCAGCCCCGUAUACUCUCCACUUCCAGGAUGGCAGCUCAACGGAAGCAGACAUUGUCAUUGGCUGCGACGGCAUAAAGUCGAAUGUGCGCCGGGAUAUGGGACUAGCCGAUGAUCCUAACUAUUCCGGCCAGGUUGUGUACCGUGGAUUUGUCGACUAUAAGGAUCUCCCCGCCGAGACAGCGCAGUUGCUGCGCAAGACUGUCAACUUCCGUGGUCCCAAGUGCCACGUCUUGAUCUUGCCUAUCGGAAACCAGGACACGCAGACCGACCGUGCUGCUAUCAUUGGUUUCAUGUCUGAGCCCAUCGAGGCUUGGGAUACCGAGGGCUGGAUGGACCGUUCCGAUAUCAAUAGUCUUAACGAGCAUGUGCGUGACUGGUGCCCGGCUGUGCAGGAUAUCAUUGCUGGGUUGCGGAAGGGCUCGCCUGAUGGCAAGAUGCUCAAGCAGGCUUUGUAUGUGCGUGACCCGCUAGAGAAAUGGUAUGAAAUGAACGCGGAUGGCCAGAAGGAUGCUGGUAUUAUUCUGCUUGGUGAUUCUGCUCACUCGACUCUUCCUCACCAAGGCCAAGGCACUUGCAUGGCUAUUGAGUCUGGAAUUGCCCUUGCUACCAUCCUCCGCCACUGGAAGGGUAACAAUCUCGAGGAUGCGUUCCAGUUCUACCAGAACCUGCGCAAGCCUCGGACGGACCGUGUCACCAAGACUAGCUACGAGGCUGGUAAACUAGCUAGCUCUGACUCUCCUGAUCAGAUGGACAGCAGUUUCAACCCUGAUGCUUUGAUGGAGCGUAUGAAGUGGAUCAUGGAGUACAAUGUUUUGGAAGAUCUGCGCGUCAAGGGUGUCGAUGUGUUGGACUUCCAGGAUUCGCGCCUGUGA